CUGGUAUUUAUAUAGUUCUCAUUUUUACAACAAUAAUUUUCUAGUCGGCUUCGCUUCGUAUGGAUACAGUUUUUUCGGAUACUUACAAAAUUAUACAUACACAUAUUGAAUUGCAAAUAUAUUGCGAAUAAAAUAGAUUUGGAGAAGGUGUCAGUAAGCUGCUCAUGAGCAUAAUUCGUGAAGCUGCUGAACUUGAUCGUAUUACAGUUAAAAUCCAUAAUAUGAAACGUAGUGCUUCUCGUGAUUCUCCAAAUAGAGCUAGUCAUUCUUCACGUUCGCGAUCAUUAGCUAUGGGCCGUGGUGCAUACGAUAAUGGAAGUGGUGUGCCGGGGGAUUCUCCCGAACGCAUCUCUCCUGAUAGAUUAAGACGAAGGGUUGGACGUUCUCCCAGUCCUCGGGGUCGUUACGGUGGCGCCUCUCCUCCCCACCGAGAAGAAUACAUUCGUGGGGUCCCACCGUCAGCAGAAAGACCAUCAUACAAAGUUCUGUGUGUGAGUGCUUUACACCCAAAGGCAUCGGAUGAAUUUAUAAAGGAGACAUUGUAUCGUGAAUAUAAAAAGUUUGGGGAUUUUAGUAUUCGCAUUUCGCAUGAUUUGGAUGAGAGAGUGGCUUAUGUAUGUUUUCGAACUGCUGAAGAUGCUCGAGAAGCGAAACAUCACAAACCUCGCAUUGUUCUCUAUGAUAAGGUUGCAUUAGUCGAGCCAGUAUAUGAAUCAUCUGGACGCACUGAACACAGGCCUCGUGGACGUUCAAUGUCUCCACCGGAAUAUGAUCGUUAUCAUUACACUAGGGUACCCGGACCGCCUCCGGGACCUCCGGAACAUCGCCGUCCACCUUUGGAUGCAUACGAUCGUUAUGGGCCUCCCCAUAUACCUCCACAUCCUCAUACGCGCGAAUAUCGCCCCAUUCAUCAUGAGUACCCGAUGCCACCAAGAGGUCCUCCAAUGCACCGUGGUCCACCACAUUUACAUGGACCACCACCACCACACUAUGGUGGCCCACCACGUCAUAUGGGCCCGAGGCCUCAUGUGCCGUAUGAAAAACCAGAAAACAAAAAGGAUAAAUUUCCCAAUUAUUUGCAUCAUGUUCAACCUGAAGAUGAUCCUCUAUCUACACGCACGCUGUUCGCCGGAAAUUUGGAGGUGACAAUUGCGGACGAUGAACUUCGACGUAUAUUCAGCAAAUAUGGAAUUGUGGAUGACAUUGAUAUCAAAAGGCCACCACCUGGUACAGGAAAUGCCUUUGCUUUCGUGAGGUAUCAGAACCUGGAUAUGGCUCAUCGGGCAAAAUGCGAACUAUCUGGGCAAUACAUUGGUAAAUUCCAAUGUAAAAUUGGUUACGGCAAGGUGACGCCUGCAACCCGAAUUUGGAUUGGUGGUUUGGGUGCAUGGACAUCGGUAACGCAGUUGGAGCGAGAAUUUGAUCGGUUUGGAGCUAUAAAGAAAAUUGAGUAUCAAAAGGGGGACACUUGUGCGUACAUUCAAUACGAGACUAUUGAAGCAGCAACGGCAGCUGUUAAGGAAAUGAGAGGUUUUCCCUUGGGCGGACCAGAAAGGCGUCUGCGUACCGAUUUUUCGGAAUUGCCAGGAGUGACACCAACAGCAGCUCCUUUCAAGCCGAAAACACCAUAUGAAGAAACAGCUGGAACUGCCGUUCCAUCCUCUGAAUACAGACGCCCCGAAUAUGAUUAUCACUACGAAGAACCUCAUCAUCACCAUCCUCCUCACCAUCAUUAUGCACCACGUGGAGGAUAUGCCCCAUAUCCACCUCGUGGUUCAUAUCGUGGCCGUGGAGGAUAUCGGGGACGUGGUCGUGGCUCAUAUCAUUACCACAAUGAUGUCCAUAGACCAGCACACCCAAGUGCACACUCUUCUUCAAACGCGCCUGUGCCACCACCGGCCGGUGUUGAAGAUGAAUGGCGCCGUCCUCCUGGCGAGCCCGGUUUCGAUAGAGGACGUUCUGGUUCAAGAGAACUAAGAUCGGAUCGUUCUCGGUCGCGUUCACCACACAAAAGAACCCAUUCACCAGGUUCUGAUUCAGAUUCAUCGCAGCAUCGCAAUGGCGGCUCAUUAGCUUCAGCGCGUACACUGCCAGAUGUCGCCCGGAAAUGCACCGUUAUAUGGCAAGGUGCCCUCAUACUUAAGAGCUCUUUAUUCCCAGCCAAAUUUCACCUUACGGAUGGUGACACUGACAUUGUCGAAUCCCUUAUGCGUGACGAAGAUGGCAAGCAUAACUUACGUAUUACGCAACGUCUGCGCUUGGAUCCCCCUAAAUUGGAAGAUGUCCAGAAACGUAUUAGUUCAUCGUCUUCACAUGCCAUUUUUCUGGGUUUGGCCGGCUCAACAUCAGUUGCUAACACCUCCGACGACAGUUCGGUACAGACUAGGCCUCUUCGUAACCUAGUCUCUUAUCUUAAACAGAAGGAAGCUGCUGGUGUUAUUUCUCUAUUGAACAAGGAAACAGAAGCUACGGGUGUAUUGUACGCAUUCCCCCCUUGCGAUUUUUCAGCUGAUCUUUUGAAGCGGACGUGUUCAACAGUAACUGAAGAAGCAUUCAAAGAGGAUCAUUUGGUAGUGGUCGUGGUCAGGGGCGGAACGGCUUAAGUGAAUAUAUUUUAACAUUUUAAUUAAUUUAAACUACAACAAAUUCAUCAUCAACUUCAAACAAAACAACAAACCAAUAUGAAGACGAAAUCAUAAUAUUGAAAGUUUUAUGAUCAAAUACAAGAUAUAGGAACAUACUACAUACAUACUUACUUACAUACAUAUAUAUACAAAUAUAAUCAUACAUUUGUAGAGCUUUAUUUGCCGAAACGAAGCGUCGUCAUUCAGUUACAAUUUAAUAUUCAAAAGUUUACUUAAUAUUUAACUAAUAUAAAUAAGAAUAAUGAACACUAUUUUGUUCUUACAAAACAAAAGACAGACCCAUAACAACUGUGUUCCCAUACUUGUCAUAUUCAAAAGGAUUUUAUCACAAUUAGCCAAAAUAUUUAUAAUAUAAUAUACAACUUACAACUUAAUGAUCUGGCUAAAACUUGCUAAUCCAUAUGACUUGUAUGGAAUCAGAGUAAUUACAUUUACUAUAUUAACGCAUAGCUACAUACAAUAUAUAAUUAGUGCCAAUUGUAAAAUCAAAAGAAAAUAAAUAGUUAUAUACUCGUAUGUACUUGAUUUUCAUCAAAAUAUAAAAAGAUGAAUAACAAAAACAAUUGUGCAGUUCCCAAAAGCAAAGUGUAUGAAUACAAUUUUAUAUAAAUUAAAAAAAAAAAAACGAAAAAAAAAGCGUAAAUGUAUAAAUAUAAUUAAUUAACUAUAUAAUUGAUCCUAAA